AUACAGACGCUAGGUGGGAGUAGAGUGCGUGGGACGCUGUUGAGGGCUUGCAGGAAGUUGCGCAGUAGAGCUAGCUGGGUACAAUGGCGCCUCUAGAUCUGGAUAAAUACGCGGAGAUCGCAAAGCAGUGUAAAUACCUCCCAGAGAAUGACCUCAAGAGGCUUUGCGACUAUGUGUGUGACCUUCUGCUGGAGGAGUCCAACGUACAGCCUGUCUCCACUCCUGUAACAGUGUGUGGUGACAUACAUGGACAGUUUUAUGAUCUGUGUGAACUCUUCCGAACUGGCGGCCAGGUUCCAGACACAAAUUACAUCUUCAUGGGUGAUUUUGUUGACCGAGGAUAUUACAGCUUGGAGACGUUCACUUACUUGCUGGUGCUGAAGGCUAAAUGGCCCGACCGCAUCACACUCCUGCGUGGAAACCAUGAGAGCAGACAGAUCACUCAAGUGUACGGCUUUUAUGAUGAAUGCCAAACCAAAUAUGGGAAUGCAAAUGCUUGGCGAUAUUGCACCAAAGUGUUUGAUAUGUUAACAGUUGCAGCACUGAUGGAUGAGCAGAUCCUCUGCGUCCAUGGCGGCCUCUCCCCAGACAUUAAAACCCUGGAUCAAAUUCGAACCAUCGAGCGGAACCAGGAAAUCCCCCACAAAGGAGCGUUUUGUGAUCUGGUGUGGUCAGAUCCUGAGGACGUGGACACCUGGGCCAUCAGCCCCAGAGGAGCCGGGUGGCUCUUUGGUGCAAAGGUCACAAAUGAGUUUGUUCACAUCAACAACCUGAAGCUGAUCUGCCGGGCACACCAACUGGUCCACGAAGGCUACAAGUUCAUGUUUGACGAGAAGCUGGUCACAGUGUGGUCUGCUCCGAAUUACUGCUACCGCUGCGGCAACAUCGCCUCCAUCAUGGUCUUCAAAGAUGCUAACACACGAGAGCCCAAGCUCUUCAGAGCAGUGCCUGACUCAGAGAGGGUUAUUCCGCCUCGAACCACAACACCAUAUUUCCUGUGAGCACGGUUGAGCUAAAACAACCCAACCUCCCCACUUGCUCUGUAGCACAGACAAGGGACUGCAACGUCUGUGACAGUGGCAGCAGAAGUCGUGAGCCCAUAAUGAUUUUGUAUAGUACAUUUAGUAUCAUUUCCAAUUAAUUUCUGCUCUCUGUGCCAACUGUUAACAGUGGUUUCCACUCUGUGCAUUUAAUGCCAUUAUACCAGACUUAAAAUCCUGUUAAUCAGAAGUUGGCCCACAACAGCAUCCUUGUCAGUGCUGUUUAAAUGUUUUAUAGACAAUGGAUGGAAAUUACACAGGUCAACUUGUAAACCCUUGUAAAAUGUGCAUAUUUAUAGACCUCCAUUGUAGUUUACAAUAAAUAUUCACUUUGAAGAGCAAAACAGGACUAUAAUGUUGUAUACGUUGUUCAUUUCAUUUUCCUUUGUUAUGGAAAUGUAUCAGAGUUGUGUGUAAGAUAAUGAUAAAGACGCACUGCACAAAAGCAAUGCUGCUUUUACUCAGAUAAACAUACUGCUUCAGUGGAAUUAUACAGUGUUGUAAUGUGAUCUUAUAAAUAAACACAUAAACCUGA